AUGGCCAUCGGGCCUGCCCUCUGGUUGGGCAGUCUGCUCCUGGUUUCUUUCUUGGGGCUCGCAGAUACAGCCUCUCUUCUUAGACGCUUGGGUAAGCACACUCAGCAGCUUCAGGAGAGCUCUGGCCCAAGUUUGGGGCUGAGCCUGGGUCCAGGUGCUGUGGCUUUCCCAAAAGAGGGCUGGUUGGAGCAGCCACUGGACCCCUUCAAUGCAUCAGACAGACGAUCCUUCCUGCAGCGGUACUGGGUGAAUGACCAACAUUGGGCUGGCCAGGAUGGACCCAUAUUCCUGCAUCUGGGAGGUGAGGGCAGCCUUGGGCCUGGCUCAGUGAUGAGAGGUCACCCUGCAGCCCUGGCCCCAGCCUUAGGGGCUCUGGUAGUAGGUCUGGAACACAGAUUUUAUGGACUAAGUACACCUGCCGGGGGCCUGGACAUGGCUCAGCUCCGCUUCUUAUCCAGCCGUCAUGCGUUGGCUGACUUGGCCUCUGCCCACCUCGCACUCUCCCGCCUCUUCAACCUCUCCUCCUCCAGCCCUUGGAUCUGCUUCGGAGGCUCCUAUGCUGGCUCCCUGGCCGCCUGGGCCCGGCUCAAGUUCCCCCAUCUCAUAUUCGCAUCUGUCGCCUCCUCGGCCCCUCUACGCGCGGUGCUGGAUUUCUCGGAAUACAAUAAUGUGGUGUCCAGAAGCUUAAUGAGUACGGCAAUUGGCGGGUCCUCGGAGUGCUGGGCCGCGGCAUCCGCUGCCUUUGCGGAGGUGGAGCGGCGGCUGCGCGCUGGUGGGGCUGCCCAGGAGGCGCUGCAGGCAGAGUUGGGCGCGUGCGGACCCCUGACCCGCGCUGAGGACCAGGCGGAGCUGCUGGAGGCGCUACAGGCGCUGGUGGGGGGCGCUGUGCAGUACAACGGCCAGGCGGGGGCGCCACUGAGCGUGCGACAGCUCUGUGGACUUCUCCUCGCCGGCUGGGGCAACCGCAGCCGCACCGCGCCCUAUCGAGGGCUGCGCCAGGCAACGCAGAUUGUCAUGCACAGCCUGGGAGAGAGGUGUUUAAGCACUUCCCGAGCAGAGACAGUGGCACAGCUGAGGGACACAGAACCUCAAGUAUCCGGCGUGGGUGACCGGCAGUGGUUGUACCAGACAUGUACUGAGUUCGGCUUCUAUAUCACCUGUGAAGACCCAGGAUGCCCUUUCUCCCAGUUCCCAGCACUGCCCUCCCAGCUGGGUCUUUGUGAGCAGGUUUUUGGCCUCUCACCCUCAUCAGUAGCCAAGGCCGUGGCCCAGACAAAUUCCUACUAUGGUGGGCAGACCUUGAGGGCCACCCAAGUGCUGUUAAUUAAUGGGGAUGCAGACCCCUGGCAUGUGCUGAGUGUAACAGAGUCCUUGGGACCUUUCAAGUCAGUCAUUCUCAUCCCUAAUGCCUCCCACUGCUCAGACAUGGCACCUGAGAGACCCUCAGACUCCCCCAGCCUCCUCCUAGCACGCCAGAAGAUCUUCCGGCAGCUGCAGACCUGGCUCAGGCUGGCAAAGGAGAGCCAGGUUAGGCAUGCAGUCUGA